CCGUAAAGCUCCUGCUUGACAAAGACCCAGAAAUAGUUUGAAUUUGUACAAGGCUUUGUGAAUUUGACCCUGGAGCCGCCUUCAGUGAGGGGUACCUCGCAGUAUUUAUAUUUUCUUCGCGUCUGUUAACCCUUGAAGUCCCAAGAGUGACCAACAUCAAUUUUCUCCCAACAACAUCAAUACACAAUCAACAGAAAAGGUUAUAAGAAUUCAUAAAAUACUCACCUAAGGGGAAAUACUUUAAUAUUGAUCUUUAUGAGUUUUAGCUCUUGAUGUUAUUUUUUUCCCUUAUCAGGUCAAUGAGACAUCAUUGGAGGAUGUCACGCAUGAAGAGGCUGUUGCCGCACUGAAGAAAACUCAAGACAGAGUGGUGAUAGUGAUUUCCAGAAUAGGUGUGUCUUACAUUGAGACACCGCCUCCACGCUACCAAGAUGUUCUCAAGACAAGUAAGUGGUUAAAGACUGGUACUCAACUGAGUCAGUUGCACAGGCUGUAUAAAUUAAUAGAUGAAUAAAUAAAUGGAGUACUGAUGUAGCAUUCAGGAAUGUCGCUAAGAGCUUGCUGCCGGCUAAUAGUCCAGUUUGGAAUUCAUCGCGGCCACUGAAUAGAAGCGCUGAAGGCUCAUUUAUACAGGGCUAGCCUCGAACUAAGGUAAAUAUUUUCACAAAUUCUUGUAAGAAGAAGACCUGUGUACAAUUGUGUCUAUUGUUUUGAACUCAAAUUCAGGCACUUUCUCGCUGGUAUUUGUGAAUGUUUUACUUUAGGUCGAUGCUAACCCUGUAUGAAUGAGUCUUCAGUGCUUCUAUUCAGCGGCCGCAGCAAAUUCAAAUUUGGAAUAUUUCACCAGUUCAAUCUGCUCUGGAAAACAAGAACAUCGGGUAUUUUGAAGGUACAAUUGAGCGAAAAGGCCGGUUAGCCUUCUCCAUAGCCACAUCCUUGGGUGUGAGUACAUUACUUUAGUAUGCAGUGAAUGGACAAAUAUUUUUGCAGCAAAUCAACUUCAUGAUGCAGCGAAACGACUUUACGACUUUGCAGCGAAUCAACUUCGUUAUGUAGCGAAACGACCGGACACCUGCCUUGGAGGCUACCCUAAAAGUGAAAGUUCGCUUUCAAAUUGAUACUCUAGGUUGACAGCCAGCUGAAUAGUUUUUUGACACAGGUCAAUGCAAUGUUGUAACUAGUGAUGUAGUUACUUCAGACCAAGAGGACUUUCCUUUUCAUUAUCCAAUGUUUUACAUUGCCAGGUCCACUUCCCCCACCAUCUCCUCCUCAGGAUGAAAAGGCAGUGAUAUCAGAAGUAGCUCCUGUAGCAGCCACAGCACCAGCAGCAGCACCAGUACCACUACCUACCCCACCCCCAGUGGCAAAAGAGGACAGUUUACCCAGAGAACAUACCAACAGUUUAAAGAAACCACAACCCCCUGCAGUACCCGAAGAUGAUGGAUUUACAAGGUAACUGCUCUUGAGUGUCAUACCGUAAACUGCUGCUUAUACCCCCCCCCACCUACCUUUCAUUAGCCCCCUUGGGUAUACGUGUAAGCCCCUCCUUUAUAAGCCCACCUAAAACCCUUAUGAAGGGGUAUAAGCCCAGGGCUAAUAGAAACGGCAGUUUAAAAGUUCGUCACGGACUUUUCCGUGUCUACUGCUUGUGUAGAGGGUUUUUUUAUCCCUCGUGCCGCGCGGGUUACUAUAACCGAAUACCGCGCAUUAAAAGUCUCUGGCUCCUAGGGUAAUGUUAAGCGUCAACAGGUAACGGUUAAAAAAGGACACUGAUUGAAAAAAGGGAUAGCCCCCGCCCUCUCUUUCCGCUGCUUACACGAGGACUGCCGUGAUGGACCUUAUCACCAAUAAUCGAUGUGCUGAAAAGAAACUGUUCACUACAUCGCCUGGUGUGAAAACAACUUAGUGGGAAAAAAUGGGAACGUGUGAAUGUCCCCACACCCAAGAAUUGCCAAAAGCUUGCACUAGCAAGUUUUCCAGUAGUCUGCUAUACAGCUGUUUUUAGUGUCGUCACGCAAAGCUCCUUGCGUGACGAUUGCGUGACGAUACUAAAAACGGCUGUAUAGCAGACUUCUUUUCCAGUCGUUCCCUUUACUUUGUAUUUUUUAUUUCAUUUUAUUUGAUUUGUGUGUGUGUGUUUUAUUGUUAUAAAUUUAGGAAAACAGAAACGACUCCUUCGGACGUUUUCCGGAUCAAUUUAGGUUUCUAUAGAACUGCCCACCUACCCUAGUCUGCUACACAGCCGUUUUUAGUGUCGUCACUUGCGUGACUACUCUAAAAACGGCUGUGUAGCAGACUAACCUACCCCUCCUCUAAUCCAAAAUUUUGCCCUAAGUGAGAAUUAAGUGUUGUUGUUGGCUUAGCAAAGGGGUGGUUGGGCAGUUUCGCUCAAACCCAAAUUAAUCCCCCAACGUUGUGGCUUCUUUCGCCCAACUGCCCUCGCGCCGUCUCCCGCGCUUCUCCCGUUUGGCUAAAAGGAACCGGAAAUGACUCAAUGGGAAAACUUAGUUGUCUGCGUAGCAGUGUUACACAGCUCAUUCACGACCAAGGAAAAGUGGUCAAAAGUUAUAAGCACUCUCAAGAUGAAUUCUUUUGAUAAACUUACAGAAUCCCCCCAUUGCUGCCUCAACAAGUUUUAGGUAAGGUAGAGAGGGAAUGCGUAUUUUGUGGUUUUCUAGGACUCACAAACUGAAUGCUCUUUCUUUACAGGGAGGCCAGGAAAGUUAUCUUGAAUAAGGGUCCCACCGGACUCGGUUUCAACAUAGUUGGGGGUGAGGAUGGUGAAGGCAUUUUCAUCUCAUUUAUUCUGGCUGGAGGUGUGGCUGAUUUGAGUGGAGAACUUAGGAGAGGGGAUCAAAUUCUAGCGGUAAUAUUCGCUGUUAAACUUAUUUUGACCCUUUAAAGUCCCAAUAUCUACAUAUAAAUUCUCCAUACUGAUGGUCAUACAUUUCCUUAAAGAAUUAGUCGAGAGAAUUUGAUAACAGAUCAAAGCAUUUUCUUUUUAGUGAUCCAUUUGUCAACUCUCGUGACCAUUUCUCUUGGCAACAUAUGGACAUUGUUAGGAGAAAAUUGAUGUUGGUCACUAUUGAGACUUAAAGGGUUAAAUGAUGAACAUAUGAAUUUCAUUGAAACUUAUCUAGUCAGGAAUAGUCCUUUGGCUAUAGCUUUUGGCAAAACCGAACAAUUUUCUGAUCGUAAUGAAUUACCCACACAGACUGAACGGACAAAAAGAUACUGAUUAUCAGAGCACACUAAAUAUGAUGUCGAACAUUAUAAAUCAUACUUUCAAACAAAUACAUUUUUACUUUUACCUUGAUACAAUCUGCUCUUUAACUUUCUUUCCUGUUGGUAAAGAUUUAACAGAUCUCCUUUAAUGAGAAGUACUGCUAAUUCUGUCCCUCCCAUUAAGAAAAGGCUAGUACGUUAUUGGUAGUUUCGUAUUCCUAAAGUAUCUUCGGGGUAUCUUCGUGUAUUUCCGAUAUUCAUCGCAACAUCUUCGUAACUGUUACAAGCGUCAGGCAAAGACUAAGGGCGCUUUCCAUUUGUCAGAACUGACCGGCCAGACCAUUCCCGUCGUAAUGAGAAUUUCACUAUUAAUCAAAACUAUCCAUCCAGUUAAAUAAACAGUGUGCGUGAGGCAAAGAGUUCUGACAAAUGAGUCCCCCCCGGCAGGAUUCAAACCUAUCCUUCCGUGAUUCUUACUGCGCGAUCUGACCUCUGAGUUACCGAGGAACUCGCUUAAAAUUUAUUAGAUUCGUAAGUGACACUAGUCUGCUACACAGCCGUUUUUAGUGUUGUCACGCAACGCUCCUCCCUCCCUCCCUCCUUGUGGGGAGGAGCGUUGCGUGACGACACUAAAAACGGCUGUGUAGCAGACUAAGGUGACACAAUCAGCAGUGUCGUUGCCUCAUGGGUGGUAAUAAAUAAUGAAAGAUGAUUGGUUGAUCCUGAUUGGAUCAAUGAAGGGUUUCUGGGAAAAUGCCCACCUACCCCUCCCCUAAGCCAACAUUAACACUUCCUUCUCGCUUAAAGCAUAAUGUUAGCUUAGGGGAGGGGUAGGGGGUAGUUUGCCAGAAACCUAAGUUGACCCAGAUGAUUACUGUUUUCUUUUAGUUUGAGGUUCUUAAGUACUAACGAAAUGUUGUAUCAGUCGAAGUUGGUCUAACUCAACCUGUGUAUGUGAAUAUUCAUAUCAGAGUAAGCGUCAUCUCGGGAGUUAUUUCCUUCGAUAUAAUUUACUAGGCUAAGUUAAUUCAAUAUUCUAUGUUCAACAGCGCUAAUGUGUUCUCAUUAAAAUUUAAAACAAAAUGUGUAACCCUGUUUUAUCAAACAUGGUUUUAAGGAUGUUUCUUCCGUUUUUUAAAUGGGACUUGUGUUUGAAAAUCCCCUUUAUGCGGGAAACACCUUGACGGCUGAAGGGUAGAAGCAGGGCUGAAAUCACUGAUGAAGUUUCUUCCGUGUGUAACGGUGUUUUGAAUUGGCGUCUACCACGGCGAAGACGCGGGGAAUAAAUUAUAAAUAACGAAACAAGGCAUAUAAAACAAAGAAAGUGCUUUCACAAAUCGUGGCGCCGUGGAAAUCCCUCUCCUUUAUAUGCGUUUUGUUUUCAAUUUCCCGGACGUAAAUACACAUCCCCCAUAGGUGAUGGAAGUAGCUUGAGAACAUUUUGAACGAUACAUGCUCUUCCCCUAAUUUAAUACCUCCAUUCAUUUAUUUGUUUACAUAGAUAUUAAUUUUCACUGCACUUUUUUGUCUGUAGGUUAACGAUAUUGAUUUAUCAGACGCCACUCACGAAAAAGCCGCGGCCGCUCUGAAGGGUGCGGGAAGUACAGUGGCGAUCCUGGCUCAGUACAAACCAGAAGGUAAGCAUUGAUCCUUCCGCGGUUUAUUUCAAGUUUUGAUUAAUAUCCAUUGGCACUACUGGAAAGAGCGCCUGAAAAUUGGUAAACGUACCUAGUUUGAAGCUGAUACGUUAAAAGCGAGCGAAGGUAUUGCUCUACAAAGUUGCCAAAUUUUACAGACAUUUGUUUUGAGGGGGGCAGGUUGAUUGCGAAGCUAUAUCUUUGCUAGCUUUCAACAAAUCACGUUCAAACUUUGCAUCUUAACCAACUUCAAGGCGUUCUUUUUAGCCGUGUUGACAAAUUGUCGCUAACUUUCCCAGUCAAAAGUUGAAAAAAACCCUGGAAGAAUCUAUUGCCUUGGUUUAUUGCUUGAUAAGAUCUUUGCAGCCUUAUUUUCAUCGCAAGGAAUUUUCCUGCUCGUCAGUGUGCGAAUUGAUACGGCUAUGGAUGUCAAAUUUCCUGCAAAUUGAAUUUUGCAAUAUAUUUUUUAAUCUAUUAUCUCCUCAAGUGGUAUUUUUUGAGGUCCUUCAAAACGUGAAUAUGUCAAGAUGGAAAAUAAAUCUAAUUCUUAAUCCUGUCGAAAAUUCAGAUUUGCGGUUCACACUCUCUUUGGCUGCUAUUUGAGGUCAAGAAGUACCCGUUUUCAUGUAGCACUCCUACCGCGGCGUUUUUUUGCCCAAAACCACACGAUACGGUGAUAAGACGACAAAAAUAAAAACGUCAACGGUGGUCGAAAAACUGUAAGUUCUAUAGCUUUAUAUUCUAUAAUGUUUCUUCUGUAACUUUAUCUUUCUUCAAAGUUGCCUUCGUUUAGAUCGAGUGUGUAGUGAAACGCGUUUAUCGCUGUUCUUUAUGGUGAAAAAUUCACGAAAAAUUCCAAAUUUGUUUUUUUUUUGAAAUUCGAAAGGGUAAAUAGAACUUUGUGAAAAUAUAGCCAGAGAGGUUUCUUUUGAAUGGUCACACCUUAGAAUUUCACUUACGGACUCAAAAUUAAGUUACAACUGUUUAAAAAACAAAUCCUGCCGGCUGAAAGUACUGUCACUAAGAGGUUUCAUAUUAAGGGUUUAUACCGCAAGAAUAAAUACUGAAGAAGUUUCUUUUCAAUUGAAACGCCAUAGGAUUUUCUUUACAAACUCAAAAGUUAGAUAAAUAUCAUCUCGCCAUAACUUUGUCUGGAUCGGUCAGAUCGUGAAAUGUCUGUUUUAACACCUGCAUGUGUAAUCUAGCGAGGCGAUAAGUGUUCUUCGGCGCUUGUUUUGAAACAUUAUUUUUUGACUUGGCCGCAAUUACUUUUGGUCUUUCCUGAUAUUCAUUGUCUUAUGUUUGUAUAAAUGAAGUGCCGGGCGUCGAAAAAUUGAAAAAAAUAAAUAAAUAACUGUCAUUUAAAAAAAGACAUUAAACUUGACCUCUCAUUUUUCAAAAAUAUUGUCUUGCAUAUGGGCUUUAAAUACUUUGAUUGGCAGAGUGGUCUUGAGGAGAGUUAGUUUGAUAUCAUUAAGAUACAAUUUUCGAAAAGAGGAAAAGCUAUAUAUUUUAUGAUAAUAUGUAAAUAAUUAAAUUUCUACCUUCUUUGAUAAUAAGGCUUUUUUGUGACCCUAAAAUUUGCGCAGAGAUAAAAGCUUGCGACCAGAUUGAUUUUGAUAGUGAUACUGGAUAAAGAAAUAAUAAUAAUAAUAAUAUUCCGUUCAUAAAUGUUUAUUUCGUACCUUUUUAUGACGGCUGGUCAUCCUUCAUAUUUGCGUUUUGGUAGAGGGCAGAAUAUUUCUUAAGUGCCAAAAUUGUCUCGACGGAAUAUCAGUUGUAGACUGUUGUUAUCAAUGGAUUGAUUUGCCGAAGAAUCGACAUAAAUUGGACGCUGAAUCGUGAGAGGUUGAUUGGCAUUUUGUCUAAAAAUAAACUCCGUAUUGCCUUCUUGGUCUUAUCUGUUUGACAGCACUGUCUUCAUUCGCCAUCUCGUGGCUAAGGAAGCAAAUAGACGUCAUUCCUGAACCAGUGAUCAUACCCUAGACUAAUAUUCUUUCUUACAGACUUUGUGUUUUGUUUUUAUUCUGCUGGAGUAUUUUAAUUUUGCGGUCAAUCGUGGAUCGAUAAACAAUAGUUUUGUACACCAGGAGGAAUUCAGCUUGAUAGACUAUUAAAUAUGAAUGGCUGAAAGGUAUUGUGUUUUCCUCCGAGUUGAAUUGCUACUAAAUACGUUUCCGUCGCUCGUGAUCGGUACUUCUCGCAGCGAAUAGCCAUAAAACUCCAAAGCGGAACCGUGGUUAUUUGGCUUUUCCGUACUCGAUUACCGCGCCUAGAUAUGCACAAUAUUGAGCUCGAUUGUCGUUUCAACAUCCCACGAGUUUGAUCAGUCGAGACAGAUCGUGAAACGCCUAUUGCGUUACAUUGGCUAAUCUCGUAGGCGUUUUAUCCUCACUGAUCUGCUUUUAGAACCUUAGCUAGGAGUAUUUCUGGCGCUAGCCUAUUGAUAAACAGAUCCACAACAUGUGGUUAUGUACGUGUAUGUAUGAAGAUGAGUUUGACGCAAUUUGCAUAUUGCAUUCAGUCGACCGAGCGCUCUUAUAUAGUUACUUUGCCCUCCGUCUGAGCGCGCUGCUUUCAUGUAUUCCUGUGCUGUUCAUACAGCCCAUCUUACUCCUGUCUUUCCUUCACAGAAUACAACCAGUUUGAAGCGAAAAUUCACGAUAUUCGCGAGAAGAUGAUGAACAGCGGUAGUCCAGGAACUCUUCGAACGUCUGUGAAACGCCAGCUUUACGUGAGGUAGGGAAGCAAACGAAAAACCACCGUAAAUAUUUCAACUACUUGGAGAGUUUUUUGGUCGUAAACAACUGUGCUUUCUGUCUCUCUCAGUCCAUUGACGGUGUCUUUAUUUUACGUACAAAAACGUAGCCAAAUUUGUCCUUUUCUCCUGUUUGGAUUUCGUCGUGGGUCGCCAGCUCUUUUUGUGAACGAGAAGAUAAAUGAAGAAACUAACCAUCAGGAACGCGUCGAGUGUUUCUAAACAGAUCCGUACAAAUGUUGUCAAAUGAAAAUGUUUAACAUUUGACAUUGAGUAAAUUGCAUUCUUUAAAUAACGUUCAUUUCUCAAGACGCCGGUAUGAGUGAUUUUCAUGUUCUUCCGAGCGAUAUUUCUGAGAGCUAGCCAAAGUAAGUGUUGAAAUAUUGACUUUUUAUGUGAAUACUGCUCAACUGCCAGUUUUUAUCCCCUAAGACAUUAAUUUCCUUAUAAAGAUUUAAUAACAUGUAUUUAAGCUAUAGAACAAACAAAUUAAUAUUCCGGUAUUCAACGGGAAGGAGUGUUUCUUAGUAUGUGUAGCAAGAAUAACCUUGCGUGACACUGCCUCUCUGUUGUGAAUAUUACUCGCGCGUGACAACUCAAUUUAACCCCUGUUGCUUUUUAAAUUGGAUCAAGUGCGAACGAAAACACUUAAAACAUGUUAUGAAAACACGUUAUAAGGGAGCUUAAGCAACAACGACGGCGACGGCGACGGCGACGGCAACAAGAACGGCAAAAAAGCAAUAGGCUUAGAUUGGCGCAACAACAACUCUGCACGUGCAUCACGCUUUUUUGUACAUUUUUUGGCGUUACUGCACGACUACGACGUGAAAACGCCUAAUUUCACGUUUUGUGGAGGACAUGAACACAAGAAAACCACUUUCUUUUUCUUUUUCUUUUCCUGAACUGGGAUGCAGUCUUAUGGAAUUCAACUCCAGAACAAAUUGCCAACAUUUGUCUAAUUGAACGAGAUGGAAUAAGCGCUAUAAAGUUUUAAGCAGUGCGACUUCACUGUUCAAGUGACCUUUCGGUAGCCACUGCCGUCGUUGUUGAUUAAGUUCCCAGUUACUGCGAGUCAGUUAACCCUGAAAGUCCCAAUAUACAACUACAAACUUUUCUUACUGAUAUCCACUCAUUUCCUAUUCCCAGUACUCGCUCGCGUAACACUGGCCUUAAUUCUGACCGAUCACUAGCGAGAGCUCCAUUUCAGGCGUGUGUGUGCGUUUCUCCUUCGGGAGUGGCUAUCUGUGUAUAAAUAGACCUAUUCGGCUAACUCAAUGUUGUACCCAAUUCAAACCCUUUGGGAAUAAAACGUUUUGUUUCAGGAAUUUCCAUAUCAUUUAAAUGUGAAUGCCACAUUAUAAUGCAAAUACAAUACACAAAGAAUCUUAUCCCCGGGAGAUUUGAAUUGGGUACAACACUGAGUUAGCCGAAUAGGUCUAUAAACACGUGUGUAAGCAAAUUUGUCCAGUUUGGCUGCAAGGGCGGGAGGAUUGGAUUCAUGUGCCGUCAAAGCUCCUUGUGGACGUGGGGUUGGUCUACACCCGUUUUUCUUUGUGGUUCGUUAGUGACCCUCCCUUCCUCCCUCUUUUUUUUCUUAUCUUGGUUUAGUCCUAUCGCCUUCUCGCCUGCGGACUCACAUGUCCCGUAACUCAUCUCUUUGAGUCCCCAGGCGUUUAUUAAGCGAGCGUGCCAUCCGCUGGGAAUAGAUUACUAAGCAAUGUUCCCUUAGAUAGUCAUUUAAUUCUCACAACUAUUUCUCUUGAUUAUGUAUCAAUAUUGUGAAGAGAAAAUUGAUGUUGGUCACUAUCAAUUUAACCCCUUUUGCUUUUUAAAUCGAAUCAAGUGUGAACGGACCAUUUUAAACCCCCUUAUGAAAACACCUCAUCACGCGUCACGCAGCUUGCCAAAGUUGACCCACCAAAGUAAAUGAAAAUAUAGAGGUGCUGAAAAAAGUGAGGAAACAUUUCAGUAACACAUUUAAAACGACGGGGAAGAAAGGUACCGAUGCCCAAUACUCAAAAAGAUCAAAACGAAUUGCGGUGGGGUUUUUGAAAACUGCUCAGGUUAACUGUUUUUCAUAGUUUUCUGUGUGAGAGUAUGGUUUUUACACUCGGUGGUUCUUGUGUCUUGACCCUUUAAUUUUGUUAUUUGGAAUAGCCUGUUCCAGGCGUUCAAAGUCUCCCCUCCUCGUUUUUCCUCCUCGUUUUCCCCGCGUACGUUUUACCUGGCUCCCCACCAUCUGAACUCCGCGCUCUACUAUUUAAAUGUUUAGAACAGGCCACAUUUGGAAGUAAUUUCUCCGGAAAGAGUAUAUUUCAGAGAGUAAUUGGACAACUCAUGGAACUCUUUGUUGUGCUUUUAGGCCGCUCGUGCACUUCGUUCGGUCAAAUGGGACACCUCAUGACUUUAUGACAGUCUCGUGAACCUCCGGCUGUCAAUGUCUGAAGUCAGAAGUACGAUUCUGGGAGGGACGUUUCCCACCCAACCCUCCCUAGUCUGCUACACAGUCGUUUUUAGCUCCUUCCCAGAAACGGUUUUUGUAGAGGAGCGUUGCGUGACGACACUAAAACGGCUGUGUAACAGACUAACCCCUCCCUUAAUAGACUAUAACCCAAUGUCACUGUACAGUCGAACCUCUAGAAAGCGGCCACCAUCGUGAAAGUGUUACGUAACCGCUUAAGAGAGAUGUGUCAGGAGCCCAAAUGAUGGGCUCCUGGAUGUGUACAGUAAUGUACCAACAAUUUUGUCCGCCGGGAAUCUGGUAACUGGCCGUUCAACCGUUUAAGCCUCAGUCAUAUCAACCAUGCAAAUUCUCAACACUGUUCUUCGUACGUUUCUCUUUUUACUGCUUGAGAGAAUUUAAGCAUGAAUACUAUGGUCACUACCGGAGCUUAAAGGUUUGAGUUUCGACUGUAAUUCCAUUGAAGAAAAUUUGAUUUUAUAUUAUCUAUCUCAUCCAGGGCUUUGUUUGACUACGACAAAACUAAGGACAGCGGUCUCCCCAGCCAAGGACUUAGUUUCAAAUAUGGUGAUAUUCUUCACGUGACUAAUGCCAGUGAUGACGAGUGGUGGCAAGCGAGGCGGCUGAAUGCUCUGGGGGAGGAGGAAGGGAGAGGUGUUAUCCCCAGCAAAAGGAGGCAAGUGAACUGUUGGUUGUAUGUGUUUUCUUUGUUUUUGCUUCAGUGCUCCUUGGAAAGUCAGUUUUAGUCGUCGUCCAUUUAUUGUGAGUCCGUUACAAGUAACGCAGCAUCUUAGCUGACAAUUUUACUACCUGCCCAAGAUAUGUUUUGUCUCUUGUCACCCCUCUCUCGUAACAGAUAAAAUAUGAUGUAAGGGACGGACCAUUAGAAAAGGGAAGGGAGGGGUGGGAAAAAAGCCAAAAAGGUCCAUACACAAUAGAAAUUAACGCGAAAAUGAACGCUGCUGCCGGAAGAGGCAGAAAAAAAAAAUAAACACACACUAAGUUAAAUUAAAACAUACACAGAAAAGCAGAAACUCGCCCACUCACACCCCUUCACUUCUCUUAUGGUCGGUCCAUAAGCUAGCGUACGGGGUUAGGAAUGCGGAUGUUAACUCGUAAAGGGUUCUGGAAAAGCCUCAGUUUGUUGUUGCUCUUUUAUUAUUUUAAUAUUAUUAUUUUUUAACUUUUUAAAUUUUUCUUCUGUUCGGUCGCGGGACCCUUAAUUUUACUCUGUCGAUGUUUUAGGGUCGAAAGGAGAGAAAAGUCUAGAAUGAAGUCGGUGAAGUUUUCAAGAACGAGCGAGGAUAACAAAACGAAGGUAAGUAUUUCCAGCAAGCUGUUGAUAUGACGCCUUUGAGUGAAAAUCUUCAACGCUAGAAAUGGUUCUGACAUACUUUCAUGCAUUAGUAAUGCGCCGGACUCACUCGCUAAGGCCCAAGUUCACCCAUACUGUUUUGGGCGCAUGUAUUUUUUCUGUUUUGAAACAGUUCGUGUAAACGAAGAAAAAUGUCAGAGGCUUCUUCAAGGCAAGAAAAAUAAUUAUUGUUUUCUUAACUGAGCCCGUGAAUAUUGUGAGGAGGAAAUUGGUGGUGGUCACUCUUUAUACUCGUUAGACUGUGCACAGUCUUCUAUUUUUCCGUGCGAUUGUUUUGAGCGAUAUAGCUGAGCUCGAGCGGUCGCUAUUUUGAUUUCACGUGGUAAGAAACUUUUGAGAAGUGUAACAUUUGGUUGGAGGGUGUGGAUCUCCUCCACCACCCAUUCCGGUCCUCACGAACGAUUUGCAAUCCCCCCCAGGUUCGCUCUCCAAACAAGAUGGCAGCCCGUACUCUCAAACUCGAAGAUUGAACUCCACUAUCGCACGGGAAAUAAAAAAACCCUUUUUAAUCGUUGAUUUCGGAAUUUUUAAACUCUGUGCGCAGCAUGCAAAGCGCUCUUGUUUAACAGAGGCUUCGUUCUCCUUUGACUGACUGCCUUGGAAUGCAUAUUCAUUUUUUUUCUGUAGACCUCCUUCAAUGACGGACCAGGUGGUCGCAAGCGUAGCUUUAAAUUUUCCAAGAAAUUGCCAUUCUUCAAGAAGGAUUCAGAAAACGAGCAAACGAGUGACGUAGAACCAAGCUACACCUCAAACGCCAGCGACAGUGAAAGCAGUUAUAGUGCACGCGCGGAGGAUAAUAUCCUGUCGUACGAGGCUGUUGUGCAACAUGAGUUAAAGUACACCAGACCAGUUAUAGUACUGGGGCUACUUAAGGACAGAAUCAAUGAUGACCUCAUCUCAGAAUUUCCGGAUAAAUUUGGCAGCUGCGUACCCCGUAUGUACCAUUAUUUUGCCUCGUUUUUAAUUAAUUAAUUUUUAAUUUAAUUUUGGAGUCUUUGUUGCCUCGUAAAUAACCUAGCAUUUGCCCACGUGGCGUUUUCUUGAGGGUGGGAGUAGUCAGGGACAAUUCUGUGGUUUUUCUGAACAGGUUGUCAAGCUAAUUCAGUCUAGAGAAAGUCAAUUCAACUGCGACUUCAAAAGUUUUCCCGCGUUUAUCAUCAUUUGUAUGUGACGCACCUGUCAGCUGUUUCACAUUUUCCCGCUCUUUUCCUCGAAUUCUCGCUUUUCCUGUCCUUUUUUCCCAGUUUCACAUUUUCCCGCGCUUCUCGUUGUGUUCCAAGUUUUCCCGCUCUCCUUCCGGGCUUCAUUUUCCCGCGCUUGCAACCAGCUUCACGCUUCUGCACCGGCCACCGGUUGCUUCUGUUCAGUUUAUUGUGUUCUUUGCGUCUCUUUUGACUGGCUAGCCUUGCAAAGGGAUUUGUUGUUUCUGAGUGUUUUUUUCGCACAGCGUCCCUCGUAACAAAUCCAAAGAAGAGUGAUGGUUAAUGAAGAUAAGAAUGUUUAAAAUGUUGCGCUUGGUGUUGUUAACUUAUUACCAGCCCUUGACCAAACAUUUUUUCCUCUUGACAGACACGACACGCGAGAGGAGAGAUUACGAAGUGGACGGACGUGAUUAUCAUUUCGUGGAUUCUCGCGAGGAGAUGGAAAAAGCGAUUCAGAAUCACAUGUUUAUUGAAGCGGGCCAGUAUAAUGAGAACCUCUACGGAACGAGCGUACAGUCAGUAAAAGAAGUAGCAGAAAAGGUAAAGUUAUUAUCCGCUGUUCGCACACUGACGAACAGUUAG